AUCCACUCAAUUUUGAACAGGUUUCUGAAAAAUGGCAUGUUGUCAAAGUUACACCCCAGAUUAUUUUGCAAUAACUGACAUUUUGUCAACAGAAGAGCGAAUAUCUUGUAAAGUCGAAGUAGAACUACCUGGUUUAGGUUUCUUGGAUUCUUCCUCUCAGUCUGAAGACUUGAAAGUAGGAACAAAAGUAGAAUUUCCAUUGUGGCUGGCAGAACCAUUGAAGAGCCUCCAAAAUUCAGUAGUCAGCGUUGAUGUACCAAAGAUAUACAAGGAAGGAUAUAGAGAAAUCUUGGAAGCAGAUGCUGAAGUUAUAGUUUUAAGUAAAUGGAAUCCAUUUUAUUAUGAGCUAGGAAUGCACGUAAGGAAACUCAGUGACAGAGAUUAUGAAAUAAUUUCAGAGAGCUUGUUACAGACAUUCAAGUCUCGUUUCCAAUUAGUUAUGGAUUGGUCUCAGAAUGCAACGUCUGACCCUACAUUAUCAAUUCAACUUCCUCGACUCGAAAGAGAUCUUUUCCUUAUCGGUCAACAAGCCAAGAUUCGUCUUGUAGAAUGGUUAAAAAUGGGCACAAACGAAUUGGUCGUCUCUGAAAUUACGACGAAUUUGAAAAAACGAAAACGGGAUCAAUAUGAAUUUGAUUAGUAUUUUUAUUUUGCAAAGGCAAAGGUCCAAGGCUUAUAGCCAAAUUAUUACACAAAUAUCAACCAUGUAGAUCGAAAUGGAUUUACAAAUUUUGAGAAAAAUGUACAAAACAUUUUAUAAUGUAACUUUUUUAAGUCAUAUUCAAAGCGAACAAAGAUAUUAUUAUUUUAUUGUAAAAAACUGAGAAAUAUAUUAAUGUAUCUAAUAUUGUAAUAAAGAUUUCUUUAUCUGUUUAUUUAAGAUUUUCUUAUAAAAUUAUUUUGAGUACAGUAAAAUUUAAAUUGAUGAAAUAUUUUAUCAAAUUAUAUAUAGCAAUAAGUUGAAUAUCGUUAACAACUGAAAUUUAGAUCACCCGGUAUAUUUUUGGCUUCUGAGUUCAUUUAAAGAGUAAAAAUGACAGUGUAUUAAACAAAUGCUUGAGUAGAAAAGUUGUGAAAAAAUAUGUAUAAACUGUUAUAAGUUUUCUUUUUAUUUAAUUCGUCUCCUUGUUUGCUAAUCGAAGUACUAUCAUUUUUACUGAUUUACAAUUUGUGUAUUAGCAUAUACACAUGCUACAUA